GGUCGCUAAUGUUCACUGGGUUGCAACUGAUAGAAUUGUUUAUUUUUCGUGAUUUUUGUUUGUCGUUAAUUAAUUAAAUUAAUUUUUUGCAAAUGCAUCUAAUAUUAAGCAACAUGGCAGCAAGUGCCAAACAGUGAAUUGUUUUAAACAAAAAAUAAGUCCAGGGCUGAAGAAAUCACACGGAAGCUCAAAAGCAGCAGCAGAGAUAGAAGAAGAAGAGAGAGUCAGCAGCGCCUACGCUUAACGGAAGUAAUAAAAAAAAAGAAAAAAAAAGCAAAAAGAAAAAACGGCAAAGAAGGUAAAUUAGUGAAAGCCUCAACGUGUCGGCGGAUCUACAAGCCAACACGCUAGUCAUGCCCUUGGCUGACUCCAAUAAGGAUCUCCGCCAACAACAGCAACAGCAGCAGAGCAACAGCCAUGCCCCGCCAGCCCCGGGUAGCAGUUCAUCCGCAUCUGCAAGCGCAUCCGCAUCCGCGAUGGGCUUGCAGCUGCGACAACGGAUGCAGAUCACCUCAUCUGGAUGCAGCAGUUUGGCGGUAACGCCCAUGGAGCACACACCCACCGAGGAUGAGGAAAGCGGCGUUGGGGUGACUAUGGUGACAUCAUCGCAGCGCCGCCAACAGCAGCAACUGCAAGCAGCCCUUGAACAGCAUCACAUUUCCCCCACAAGCAGGACAAAGCGAGAGGUCGCAGAGGCUGCGACGCAGCCAGCAGCCGAGCCAGUCGAGGAAGAGCAGCAAAUGGAGUUGAGCAACGAUUCGGAUCUGCUCCUUUGCGACAUGAAUGAAUUCGAGCUGCGUGAGGUGAUCAAAGAGGGUCACGACAAGGCGGAUCCCUCCCAAUUCGAGCUGCUGCGCGUGCUGGGUGAGGGCAGCUUUGGCAAAGUGUUCCUGGUACGUAAAAUUAUUGGCAAAGAUGCUGGCACGCUGUACGCCAUGAAGGUCCUUAAGAAGGCCACUCUCAAAGUUAAAGAUCGUGUGCGUAGCACCAAUGAGCGAAAGAUUCUGGCGGAUGUGGGUCAUGCCUUUAUAGUAAAGCUACACUAUGCUUUCCAAACGCCUGGCAAACUUUAUUUAAUUCUGGAUUUCCUGCGUGGCGGAGAUCUCUUCACCCGCCUGUCUAAGGAGGUCAUGUUCACCGAGGAGGAUGUUAAAUUCUACCUGGCCGAAUUGGCCUUAGCCCUGAAUCAUUUGCAUACGCUGGGCAUCAUCUAUCGCGACUUGAAGCCAGAGAAUAUACUUUUAGAUGAACAUGGGCAUAUAGCUUUGACCGAUUUCGGCUUGUCCAAGCAGCCCUUGGAUGGGUCCAAGACCUAUAGUUUUUGCGGCACUGUCGAAUACAUGGCACCGGAGAUUGUCAAUCGAAAGGGUCACGACUUUGCUGCCGAUUGGUGGUCAUUUGGUGUCCUUAUGUAUGAAAUGCUAACUGGAAAUUUACCCUUUCAUGGCCAAACCAGACAGGAAACUAUGAAUCAAAUUCUACGCUCCAAGUUGGGUAUGCCGGAGAAUCUAUCGCCCGAAGCGCAAUCAUUAUUGAGGGCCCUGUUUAAGCGGAAUCCCCAAAACCGUUUAGGUGCCGGCUCUCAGGGCAUUUUGGACAUUAAGGCGCAUUGCUUCUUUGGCACAAUUGAUUGGGUGAGGCUGGAGAGGAAGCAAGUACGCCCACCCUUUAUUCCCGCUGUGAGUCGUGAUGAUGCCUUCUAUUUCGAUGUGGAAUACACUUCAAAAUCACCGCGGGAUUCACCAGGAGGUCCUAUCUCGGCCUCCGCUCAUGAGAUCUUUCGUGGAUUUAGUUUUGUGGCCCCUAUAUUAUUGGAGGCGCAAGGAAACAGCGAUGGUCCACUGCAAAAUAUUUCAGGGGGUGCAUCCUCAUCAGAUUCGGGGUCAGGUUCGGGCUCUGUCAUCACUACCACGAUGACAACUGGUGCUAAUACGGGCGUUACUGCUCUUCCCGUUACUGGAGCGACCUCAAAUUCUGGUCGUAGUUUACCUGGCGUUUUGCCAGGCAAUUUUCAUGCCGAAUACAAUCUAUUACAAGAGCUGGGGCGUGGCACUUUCUCGGUAUGCCGAUUGUGCGAGCAUCGGUCUUCCAAGAAGCAUUAUGCCGUCAAGAUUAUUGAGAAAGCGGCUGCAGCUGCUUCGGCAACGGCAACGGCUGCAACGACUACGACCACCUCCGGUUCGGCUACUGCAAGAGCCACCACAGCCACAGCUGACUGCUGGGAGGAAGUGGAGAUAAUGCUGCGUUAUGGCAAUCAUCCGAAUAUAGUUACCCUCUAUUCCGUCUAUGAGGAUGCGAGUUCAGCGUAUCUGGUUAUGGAACUACUCAAGGGUGGUGAACUACUCGAUCGCAUUCUGGCCGUUGGCCAAAUGUGUGAAAGUGAAGCCAGCGCUGUCCUCAAGACCAUUGCCUCGGCAGUGGCCUAUUUGCAUGAACACGGAGUAGUCCAUCGCGACUUGAAGCCCUCGAAUAUGAUCUAUGCCAGCAUGAGGCAAACUCCAGAGACGCUUAAAUUGUGUGAUUUGGGCUUUGCCAAGCAAUUGCGUGCAGACAAUGGACUGCUGAUGACGCCCUGUUACACGGCAAACUUUGUGGCUCCCGAAGUGCUCAAACGUCAGGGUUAUGAUUUAGCCUGUGACAUCUGGUCACUGGGCGUUUUACUAUACAUCAUGCUAUCAGGUCGAACGCCAUUUGCCAGUACGCCAAACGAUUCACCGGAUGUGAUACUAAAACGGAUUGGUUCAGGUCAUAUCGAUUUCAGUAGUAAUAGUCGUUGGACCCUAAUUAGCGCACCGGUGAAGGAUUUGCUGCGGCAGAUGUUGCACAUAGUGCCCGAAAAUCGACCCACAGUUGCCCAGAUACUGGAACACAGUUGGGUGCGUGAUCAAUUUGCUGGCUCUGCUGUGCAAUUAACCGAAUAUGCAAUGGCGCCGGCUCUAUUAUCGCUGGACGCCCAACAGCAGCAACAGAAUCACAUUUCGAUGGCAUUGCGCGGCGCUGUGGAUGCCACAUUUCGUGCCAUUGCCAUACCACAGGCAGCAAAUGUGGGCCCCGUUGAGCUAUCAAUGUUAGCCAAACGUAGGGCCAAAGAUCGCGCCCAAUUGCAUUCCUAAUCCUGGGCCAAGCGCAGCCAAAGGCAACUAAUACGUUUAAUUAAUAGAUUCUAUGGCAUUCUUAUACACUAUUGUUGUGCAUUUCCAGGCCAACGCAAUGCAACGAAUUGCGUUCGGUCUAACAUCUUACCUAAAACCCAAUCCACGCGAGAUGUCUGAGAUCGCACAAAAUGAAUGGAAGAAUUAUCGUUAUAUAUAUAUAUAUGUUUAUGUGCUAUCCUUGAACUUCCAAAUGUGAAAGAGAAAAGAAAACUUUAAAAGUAUUUUAACAAGUGUUAAUUAUUUAUUUUAUACAAAAACAAACACACACACCACACACACACCUCUACUUUAUAUGCAAAUCUAUACAGAAUCGGUAUUUAUACCACCUAUACUUAACACAAAUAUAGCUAAUGUAAAAUAAUAAAUUAAAUGAAAACGAAAGAAAGAAUAUUCACAGCUCUUACUUCCUGAUUUCUUCCAUUCAAAUCAUACACCUACAUACAAUAUGUAUGUGGCUAUAUACAAGAAUCAAUCCGUAAAAAAAUCUAUUCAGUUAACAUUUUGUUUUUAGACUCGAUUUUUAACAAUAAUCAAAUUAUAAAGAUUAAACAAUUUGCAUUAAUAUUUUUAAUUAAAUUUAAAUGUAGCUAAAUUUUUUCCACAUCACGUGUUAUUGUUGUUUAAUUGAAAACACAAAAAGAAUAAAACAAAAACAAAAAUUAAUUAACAAAUAUAAAAUAAAUUAAAAAGCUACAAAUAAACACAAAAGCCAAAUAA